AGAGACGACGCAUAGCUUCUUCUUCACUUGUCAGCUCUCAACGUUUCUCACCUGAAAUUUCACUUCUGCUUCGUCUUCUAGAGCCCGAUCUCUAAUUUGGGAGUUCUUAUGUGAUGGUGUAAUUUAAUUUAAGAUGACGCCUUCGCAUAAUAUUGAGUUGGAGGCAGCUAAGUUUCUGCAUAAACUUAUUCAAGAUUCUAAAGAUGAACCUGCAAAGUUAGCAACUAAACUUUAUGUGAUAUUGCAGCACAUGAAAACCAGUGGAAAGGAUAACACAAUGCCGUAUCAAGUCAUAUCUAGGGCCAUGGACACUGUAGUCAAUCAACACGGUCUUGACAUUGAAGCUUUGAAGUCAUCGUGUCUUCCUCAAGCUGGGGGUACCCAAACAGAAGAUUCUGGGUCUGCACAUUUGGCUGGGUCUUCCCAAGCGGUUGGAGUUAGCAAUGAGGGCAAAGCAAGUCUAGCUGAAAAUGAGAUGUCAAAAUACGAUGCAUUCACUUCUGGUAGGCAGCUUGGUGGAUCAAAUAAUGCGUCACAAACCUUUUACCAAGGGUCUGGAACUCAAAGUAACAGAUCAUUUGAUCGUGAAAGUCCAUCCAACUUGGAUUCUACGUCGGGAAUUUCUCAAUCUCACAAUAGGAGUGAGACAAUGAAUCAAAGAGAUGCCAAGUCAAGUGGAAAGAGAAAGAGAGGUGAAUCAUCACUUUCAUGGGACCAGAAUAUGGAUAACUCUCAAAUAUUUGAAAGCCACAAGAUUGAUGAUCAAACUGGAGAAGUAAGCAAAAUAGAAAUGCCUGGUACUUCAGGUGACAUUAGGAAUUUGCAUGUUGGGUUGCCAUCAGAUGCAUACACGACUCCACAGUGUGGCUGGCAGAGCAGUGAAGUCACAGCAAUCAGGCCUCCAGUUCAUAAAGAACUUGGAAAUAAUGUUGCAGCAGAGGGAUUACUGCCUUCAGGUUCACCUUUUAGAGAGCAACAACUAAAGCAACUCAGAGCCCAGUGCCUUGUGUUUCUAGCUCUCAGAAAUGGUUUGGUGCCGAAGAAACUGCACGUAGAGAUCGCCCUUCGAAAUACUUUCCGCGAAGAUGACGGUUUCCGCGGAGAACUGUUUGAUCCGAAAGGGAGAACACAUACCUCCAGUGAUCUGGGUGGCAUUCCUGACGUCUCCGCACUGUUGUCAAGAACAGACAAUCCCACUGGAAGAUUGGAUGAAAUGGACUUCUCAUCCAAAGAAACUGAGAGAUCAAGAUUAGGGGAAAAAAGUUUCGCAAGUACUGUAUUUUCUGACGGGCAAAAGCUUCUAGCAUCGAAAAUUCCCGGCUCUCAAGCACAAUCUCAGGUUGCUGUUAGUCAUUCUCAACUGACGUUUUCUCCUGGUUUGACCAAACACACACCAUCAGAUUUGGUGGGGUGGACUGGAGUAAUCAAAACUAAUGACCUCUCAACUUCUGCUGUUCAACUCGAUGAUUUUCAUGCUUCUGCAGAUGAAGAGGAAGGUAAUUUGCAACCGUCGCCUAAGUACACCAUGUCACAGAAAUGGAUUAUGGGUCGACAGAAUAAGAGACUAUUGGUUGAUCGCAGUUGGUCCCUUAAACAGCAGAAAGCCGACCAGGCAAUUGGUGCACGGUUCAAUGAGUUGAAGGAAUCUGUGAGUUUGUCUGAGGAUAUAUCUGCAAAAACCAAGAGUGUAAUAGAACUGAAAAAGCUUCAGCUGUUAAAUCUACAACGGCGAUUGAGGAGUGAGUUCGUUUACAACUUCUUCAAACCUAUUGCAACUGAUGUUGAGCAUCUAAAGUCAUAUAAGAAACAUAAGCAUGGCCGGAGAAUUAAGCAGCUUGAAAAGUAUGAGCAGAAGAUGAAGGAAGAGAGACAAAGAAGAAUUCGUGAGAGACAGAAGGAGUUCUUUGGGGGAUUAGAAGUUCACAAGGAUAAACUAGAGGAUUUGUUUAAAGUUAGGAGAGAAAGGUUGAAGGGUUUCAAUAGGUAUGUGAAGGAGUUCCACAAAAGAAAGGAACGGCUUCACCGCGAAAAGAUUGACAAAAUUCAACGUGAGAAGAUUAAUUUGUUAAAGAUUAAUGAUGUGGAGGGUUAUCUGCGAAUGGUCCAGGAUGCCAAGUCAGAUCGAGUAAAGCAACUACUCAAAGAGACUGAAAAGUACCUUCAGAAACUUGGAUCCAAGUUAAAGGAGGCUAAAUCCUUGACCAGUCGAUUUGAGAAUGAGGCAGAUGAAGCGCGUAAUUCAAAUGCUACCGAAGAUGAAACUGCGAUUGAAAAUGAAGAUGAGAGCGACCAAGCAAAGCACUACCUGGAAAGCAACGAAAAAUACUACUUGAUGGCUCACAGUAUAAAAGAAAAUAUUAACGAGCAGCCAUCGUGCCUAGUGGGUGGAAAGUUAAGAGAGUACCAAAUGAAUGGCUUAAGGUGGCUACUUUCACUGUACAACAAUCACUUAAAUGGCAUUUUAGCUGAUGAGAUGGGUCUCGGGAAAACUGUUCAGGUUAUUUCUUUGAUAUGCUAUCUGAUGGAGACAAAAAAUGAUAGAGGUCCCUUCUUGGUUGUUGUACCAUCUUCGGUUCUGCCUGGUUGGCAGUCAGAAAUUAACUUCUGGGCCCCAUCGAUUCAUAAAAUUGUUUACUGUGGGCCUCCUGAGGAAAGGCGCAAACUAUUCAAGGAGCAAAUUGUUCAUCAGAAGUUCAAUGUCCUUCUGACAACAUAUGAGUAUCUAAUGAACAAGCAUGAUAGACCUAAAUUAAGCAAGAUUCACUGGCACUAUAUUAUUAUUGACGAAGGACAUCGCAUAAAGAAUGCAUCCUGCAAGUUAAAUGCAGACCUGAAACACUAUGUUAGCUCCCACCGACUUCUCUUAACGGGGACUCCAUUGCAGAACAACCUAGAAGAAUUGUGGGCGCUGCUUAAUUUCCUGCUGCCUAAUAUAUUCAACUCAUCAGAAGACUUUUCACAGUGGUUCAACAAACCAUUUCAAAGUAAUGGAGAAAAUACUGCCGAAGAGGCGCUGCUAUCAGAAGAGGAGAAUCUACUGAUCAUCAAUCGACUUCACCAAGUUCUUCGACCAUUUGUGCUGCGUCGGCUGAAACAUAAGGUUGAGAAUGAGCUUCCUGAAAAGAUAGAGAGAUUGAUACGCUGUGAGGCUUCUGCUUAUCAGAAGCUGUUGAUGAAGAGGGUUGAGGAUAAUUUGGGUUCAAUUGGAAAUGCGAAGUCUCGUGCAGUGCACAACUCAGUAAUGGAGCUUCGGAAUAUUUGCAAUCAUCCAUAUCUAAGCCAACUGCAUGCAGAGGAGGUCAAUAACAUAAUUCCUAAGCAUUUCCUGCCCCCAAUUGUAAGACUGUGUGGGAAGCUUGAGAUGUUGGAUCGGAUGUUACCUAAACUCAAAGCAACAGACCAUCGGGUUCUUUUCUUUUCUACAAUGACGAGGCUUCUUGAUGUUAUGGAGGAUUACCUCACCUUAAAGGGGUACAAAUACCUUAGGCUGGACGGGCAGACAUCUGGGGGUGAUCGUGGUGCUCUUAUCGAUGGUUUCAACAAGUCUGGUUCCCCAUAUUUCAUAUUUCUGUUGAGCAUACGGGCUGGUGGAGUAGGAGUUAAUCUUCAAGCUGCUGAUACUGUGAUAUUAUUCGACACCGACUGGAAUCCUCAGGUUGAUCUACAAGCUCAAGCAAGGGCUCACAGGAUUGGCCAGAAAAAAGAUGUGCUUGUUCUUCGUUUUGAAACGGUCAAUUCUGUUGAGGAGCAAGUCAGAGCUUCAGCUGAGCACAAACUUGGAGUUGCUAACCAGAGUAUAACCGCCGGCUUCUUUGACAAUAACACGAGUGCUGAAGAUCGUAAGGAAUAUUUGGAAUCCCUUUUGCGUGAAUCAAAGAAAGAGGAAGAUGCUCCAGUAUUGGAUGAUGAUGCUUUAAAUGAUCUUAUAGCUCGAAGGGAGUCAGAGAUUGAUAUUUUUGAGUCCAUCGACAAACAAAGGAAAGAAAAUGAGAUGGAAACAUGGAAUACAUUGGUACAUGGGCCAGGGUCAGAUAGUUUUACCCAUGUACCACCUAUACCCUCUCGGCUUGUUACUGAAGAUGAUUUAAAACUACUAUAUGAGACAAUGAAACUAAAUGAUGUCCCGAUGGUUGCAAAAGAAUCAACUGUUGGCAUGAAACGGAAGGAUGGUUCUAUGGGAGGCCUAGAUACUCACCAAUAUGGAAGAGGGAAACGAGCAAGAGAGGUCCGGUCUUAUGAAGAGAAAUUAACAGAGGAGGAGUUUGAGAAGCUGUGUCAAACCGAGUCACCUGAUUCUCCCCAAGGCAUGGGCGAAGGAAGUGAAAAGAGCUUGGCGAAUGAUACAUCAAAUAUUCCGGUUGAAAACUCUAGUGACACACUACUCCCUACAUCUCCGAUACAGGCAAUAUCUGUACAGCCAAUGGAACCUGUAAGGCCACAGCCACAGACACUGAAAGAAGAAACACAACCUAUAAAACGGGGCCGAGGUAGGCCGAAGAGAACUGAUAAAGCCUUGACUCCGGUAUCAUUAUCAGCUGUAAGCAGGACACAGACAACAGGGAAUGCACUAUCAUCGGCUGUGACUGGUCUUGAUUUUGUUAGUCCAGAUAAAAAGCUAGAAGCAGCUUCUCAUCCUAGUUCGUCUAUUGCCCUGACUUCGCCUGAUUUAUCUGUUCCUCCUGGUUUUCAAUCGCUGCCAGCAUCUCCUGCUCCUACGCCAACAAGAGGUCGAGGUAGGGGAAGAAGCAGGGGGCGUGGAGCAGGAAGGGGAAGAAGAGUUGAAGGUGUAUUGCAUGGUUCCAACAGUUCUAUUACUCAAAGAACUGAAACCGCUACAUCUCUUGCAAGUGAUCCAGACGCCACAAACUUUACUCUUCCUCGUUCUGCAGCUGAGAUUGUUUCUAGAGUCCCUAAACCUAGUGAAGGAAGUACUUCAUAUCCUGACCCAGUACCUCCCGUGCAUUCUGCUACUACUGCAGUCCGAUCAGACAAAGCAGCAGAUAAUGACCUAGAUGCACCACCUGGUUUUGAUUCAGGAUCCCAUGUUGAGACGCUAAAUGUUCUUGAGAAUUCAUUGGAAAGAAAAGCAGCUGCUGUAAAGAAGCGGCCUUUGAUUCAAGGUGUGAGCUCCCAGCAUCCAGGACUUAAUAAACAGCCACUUGACUUGCCAGUCUCCACUAGCUCUACUUUGUCGGGUGGUGGCCCAGUGCAAAAUCAGAGUGCUGUCUCUUCUGUUUGUGAUGGAUCCAAACGUCCUUCAGUAGCCUCUGUAGAGGGUCGAACAUAUACAGCUUUGCCAGGUGUGACAACUGCACCUUCUGAUGCUACUCUGCCAGUGACUUCUCAACUUGUUGGUUCUGCGGUUGAAGCUCAAGAAGCCAAUGUUCCUUCUCUUCCUGCAGCCCUGCCUGCUAAGAGGCGAGGGCGCAAUUUGCCAAGCAGAGGAGAAACUCCUAAACGCCAAGGAAAGAGGCGUGGCCAACCUUCACCUGCUACUGAUGGCUCUUCUGCAAGGAGUACAGGAUUAACACCACAAAUAGAUGUCAAGGUUGGUAAUUCAUCAGGCACCAAAGCUAAGUUUGAUGCUGUUGCCAAAGAACAACCCCAAUUCAGCCAGGCAGUUGCACCGGAUAUUCACUCUUCUGGCAGUUUGAGUCAGGAGAGUAGAAGAGACAUCUCUGGUACUGGUGGUUCUGCUAGGAAACAAACUGCUGAUGUAACUGAUGUUGCUCGUGUCAUGAAAGAGAUCUUUUCAGAGACUUCCCUAUUAAAACAUAAAGUUGGAGAGCCGUCUGCAACAACAAGAACAAAUGUGCCUGACGCACAAUCCCCAGGUGAGAUGAAUUUGCACACAGUUGAGACCCACAAGGCAGAGGAUUCUUCUGGUCUUAAGAAUCAAGAAACUCCAUAUAACCUGAGCAAGGCAGAAAAACAGGUCUCAGAUGUUCCUCACCCUGUUACUGGUGAUCUGACAACUUCAGGAUCAGUUGCAAACAAGGAUGGUGACACUGGGUCGUCUAAGGUUGCUGCCGAGAAUGACCUUGUCAAGAUUCCAGGUGGUGAAGUAAAUUCUUCUGUAAUACAACUCUCUUUGGAAAAGUGUACUGCAGAUCAGCUUGUGGAAGAAAAAUUGUCUCAAGAAGGUGAAACCACGCAUGCUAGUCAUGGUGAAACAUGCCACGUGGGUGUAGACUUGAUAAAAGAAACUGCAUCUUCAUUGAGUUAUGAUCCAUCUGAGCCUAUUGCAUCUGCGUCAACAACUGUGGAACCUCUACCUACUGACAAGUUGGAAACAAAUAUUUCUUUUCAAGAUGAAUGUAAAAAUCUCAAUGCUGAUAAAGGAGGAGCUAUCCUCCGAAGUCUGGAAGAGCAGACGAAUGUUAACUCCAAGAUUGUGACAAAUUCUGAGGAAAUUCAAGCCAGCAGAACAGAUGAAGUUACACAUGUGGAUGGAGAAUCUGUUGAUAUUGUAAAUCAGAUGGUGAAAGAAGAUGAGGCAAAAAAUUCUGUUGAAAUUCAAUCGUCUAUGCUGGAGACUGAUGAACUGUCAAAUGUUGGACAAAAGGGUCACAGUAGCAUUGCCAUGCAGGCAUUGGUUUCAGUUACAAGCAAUGAGAACUCCAUGUCUCUUGACCAGAAAGAUUAUGAACCUAUAUCUAAACGUGCUGAUACAGAACAAGAUCCUGAAGAAUCUGUUUCGGUACAAGGUGAUGAUAGGCCUAAAGUUGGUCCUGCUGACACACGGAUGGAGGAUACUGAUGAUGCCAAACUUCUUGUGGGUUGUUCAGUUGAGAGUGAGGAAAAGGAGAAAACUCUUCAAUCCCAUAUACCCAGUGAUAAUGCUGAUACAGAACAACGUCCUGAAGAAUCUGUUUCGGUUGAAGGUGUUGAUAGACCUAAAGGUGGUACUGCUGACACACAGAUGGAGGAUACAGAUGCUGCUAAACUUCUAAUGGAUUGUUCAGUUGAGAGUGAGGAAAAAGAGAAAAAUCUGCAAUCACAUAUACCCAGUGAUGAUGCUGAUACAGAACAAGAUCCUGAAGAAUCUGUUUCGGUACAAGGUGAUGAUAGGCCUAAAGUUGGUACUGCUGACACACAGAUGGAGAUGGAGGAUACUGAUGAUGCCAAACUUCUAGUGGGUUGUUCAGGUGAGAGUGAGGAGAAAGAGAAAACUCUUCAAUCCCAUAUACCCAGUGAUGAUGCUGGUACAGAACAAUAUCCUGAAGAAUCUGUUUCGGUUGAAGGUGUUGAUAGGCCUAAAGGUGGUACUGCUAACACACAGAUGGAGGAUACCGAUGAUGCCAAGCUUCUAGUGGUUUGUUCAGUUGAGAGUGAGGAGAAAGAGAAAACUCUUCAAUCCCAUAUGACCAGUGAUGAUGCUGUUAGCCAGAACCCUUUUGAGAAGAUAAAAGACAAUGAAGGAGAUGACUUACAUGGAGAGUCUCUUGUUUCCUGUCCAACAAUGGAAGUGAUGGAACAUAAGGGGUUUGAAUCAGAGACACAUGCUCAUGCAGAUUCAAGUGGUAUUGAUAGGGGAAAUGAGGUAUCAGAAAGUAUAUCUGAUGGCGAAAAAAUGAACAUUUCAUCUGGGCAGGUCCCUGAUGCGUCACAUGAUUUAAAAGUAUCACAUGAUCAAACAGACAUUCCCCUAGUUGGUGGGAUAGACCCUGAACGCUUACAAGAAAAUGUGGAUGUACCUGCAUCACCUCACGGAGCAGCGCUGAACAUUGUGGUUUCCCAGUCUGAGGGAAAUCAGUCUCCAAGUAUCUUACCGGACGAUGUGGCAGGACAACUAGCAAGUAUGGCUAGUGACGAAAAAAUGAAUAUUUCAUCUGAGCUGGUCCCAGAUGGAUCACAUGAUUUAAAAGUGUCUCAGGAUCAAACAGACAUUCCCCUAGUUGGUGGGUUAGUCCCUGAAAAUUUGCAAGAGAACGUGGAUGUGCCUGCAUCACCUCAUGGAGUAGUGCCAGACGUUGUGGUUUCCCAGUCUGAGAAAAUUCAGUCUCCAAGUAUCUUGCCCGGCGAUGUACCAGGACAACCAGACGAUGGCAACUGUGAGCAAAUGGAUACCAUGCAGAACAGUACCUAUAUUGAUGUUGGCAAAAAUUCAGGUGAGACGUGUCAGCCUUCAUCUUCUAUCCAGUCUGAGGAUGAGAACAGAAAUAGCUUAUCACUCUGUGAACCGUCAGAAGUAGUUGAACAAAGGGAUUCAAGAGAUCAAUUUUGCAUAGGGUCUGUGGAAUCUCAGGUAGAUAUCAGAUCUGCUAUGCUGGAGAAUAAAUCAGCUGAUAUCCAGCCCCCGCAAUCCAUUUUGGUUGAUCAAAUGGAUAUUGAAGAAUCGAAAGAACCUGGUACAGAGAGUGCUGAUGUGUCUUUACAUCAAUUAGCUGAUAUCCAGGCCGAGCCAUCCAUUUUGGUUGAUCAAAUGGAUACUGAAGAAUCCAAAGAUCCUUGUGCAGGUAAUAUUUGCAACACUGAUAUAAGUGCUGAUGUGUCUUUACACCAAUUAGCUGAUAUCCAGCCCGGGCCAUCCAUUUUGGUUGAUCAAAUGGAUACUGAAGAAUCCAAAGAACCUGAUGCGGAUCAUAUUUGCAACACUGAGACAAGUGCUGAUGUGUCUUUACACCAAUUAGCUGAUAUUGAGCACUCACUGUCUCUUUCAGUUGUGCAAAAGAACAUUGAGCAAGAUCAAAGUCAAGUCGAAACUACUGGAUCUGAGUUAGUUGAUGUCUCUGCCGAAUGUACGACACAACCUCAAGUUCAAUUACCGCCAUCUGCAGAGCCAGUGGGAGAUAUGCACGUUCAUUUAGGGGCUAACAAAUCAGAAGUAGUUGCAGAAGGUACUGACUUCUCUUCAUUUCUCCCAAAGACAGAGGAAGAAAAUGCCAAGAGCCAAGUAGCUGACACUGAGCCCUCAUCGUCUCUUACAGCUGUGCAAAAGAACAUUGAAGAUCAAUCUCAAGUUGAAACUGCUGGAUGUGAAUUUGUUGUUGUCUCUACCGGAUGUUCGACAGAACCUCAAGUUCAAUUACCGACAUCCGUAGAGCCAGUGGUUGCUGGAGCUACAGAAAUCCCUUCUUCCCUCCUAAUGACCGGGGUAGAAAUUGCCAAGACCCAACUCGCUGAUAUUGUGCCUUCAUCAUCACCUACAGCUCUGGAAAAGAACAUUGAGGCUCAAGAUCAUGUUACAACCGUUGGAUGUGGGCUAGUUGAUGUCUCGACCGGAUGUUCGUCAGAACCUCAAGUUCAACUGACACCAUCCGCAGAGCCAGUGGUUACUGAAGGUACAGGACUCACUUCUCUCCCAUUGACGGAGGAAGAAAAUGAGCCCUCAUCGUCUCCUACGGUUGUGGAAAAGAACAUUGAGGAUCAAGAUCAAGUUAAAACUGCUGGAUGUGAGUUAGUUAAUGUCUCUACUGGAUGUUCGUCAGAACCACAAGUUCAAUUACCACCAUCCGCAGAGCCAGAGGGAGAUAUGCAUGUUCACUUAGAGGAAACAGAGAAAUCUGAAAUCAUGGUUGCCGAAGGUACAAUAUUCCCUUCAUUUCCCCCAAUGACAGUGGAAGAUAAUGCUGAGAGCCACUUAGCUGAUAUCGAGCCCUCAUCUUCUCUGACAGCUGUGCAAAAGAACAUUGAGGAUCAAGGUCAAGUUGAAACUGCUGGAUGUGGGUUAGUAGGUGUUUCUACCGGAUGUUCAUCAGAACCUGAGGUUCAAUUACCGCCGUCCGCAGAGCCAGUGGAAGGUACGCAUGUUCAUUUAGAGGAAACAAAGAAAUCUGAAACCGUAGUUACCGAGAGCCAAUUAGCUGAUAUCCUUCCCUCGUUGUCUCCUAUAGUUGUGCAAAAGAAUAUUGAGGAUCCAAUUCAAAUUGAAACUGUUGGAUGUGAUUUAGUUGACGUCUCUGCUGGAUGUUCAACAGAACCUCAACUUCAAUUAUCGUCAUCCGAAGAGCCAGAGGAAGGUAUGCACGUUCACUUAGAGGCAGCAAAGAAUUCUGAAACCGUGGUUGCUGAAGGUUCAGAAUUCCCUUCAUCUCUCCCAAUGACAGAGGAAGAAAAUGCUGAGGGUACAUUAGCUGAUGUCGAUCCCUCAUUGUCUCUUACAGUUGAGCAAACAAACAUUGAGGAUAAAGAUCAAGUGGAAACUGCUGAAUGUGAGUUAGUUGAUGUCUCUACCGGAUGUUCGUCACAACCUCAAGUUCAGUUACCGCCAUCCCCAGAUGCAAUGAGAGGCACGCACGUUCACUUAGAAACCAUGGUUUCUGAAGGUACAGAAUCGCCUUCAUCCCUCCCCAAGACAGAGGAAAAAAAUGCCGAGAAUCCAUCAGACAGACUUGACGGUGAAUCUGACGGUACAACUGUUGCUGUUGCUGUUGUUGAAGAAAGUUGUGUUGAGUCGAAUUCAUUGGUCACCGAAGAGAGCAAAGCAGAGGAGUCAAAAGACAAGGAAGAUGUUUAGUUCAUUUCAUCUAGAUUAAGUUGUAAAACUUUUAAUAUCUAAUUAUCACAAACUCUAAGCAACUUUAUUUUCUUGUAUCAUUUUCAAGAAUGAAAGCCGUAAAUCUAG